CUCGGAGGCGGGAGCGCGCCUCGUAGAUGACAACAAAUUUGUCGCGCAGUGUCGGAGUCCGCUUUGCCGCCGCCGCCUGCCCUUUGGCUCUCGUGCAUACUCUAUCCGGACCGACAGAACACUUCGAAAACCUCUGGCUUGGGGCGCCGGGUUCCGCUCAGAGACCUGUUCCCGCCGGGCCUAGUGCGAGCGACGCGACGCGGGCCAUGGGGUCGCCCUGAGAGACGGCGGCGCAGAACUGUCAUGCAGUGGUCACCGCGAACCUAGACCCCAUAGCAGCCUGGGGACGCCGGCCGGACCCGGUCGCCGCAGCGCGCAGCCCCGGCCCUCCCAGCCGCCAGUCCUUACCAACAUGCCUUGGCCAUUUUCGGAGUCUAUUAAGAAGAGGGCCUGUCGGUACCUCCUGCAGAGAUACUUGGGCCACUUCUUACAGGAGAAGCUGAGCCUGGAGCAGCUGAGCCUGGACCUGUAUCAGGGUACCGGGUCCCUCGCCCAGGUCCCCUUGGAUAAAUGGUGUCUCAAUGAAAUCCUGGAGUCAGCAGACGCACCUUUAGAAGUCACUGAAGGAUUCAUUCAGUCAAUUUCCCUGUCAGUUCCAUGGGGCUCCUUGCUGCAGGACAAUUGUGCACUGGAAGUGAGAGGACUGGAGAUGGUCUUCCGACCUAGACCUCGUGUAGCGACUGGGUCUGAGCCUAUGUAUUGGUCAAGCUUCAUGACCAGCAGUAUGCAGCUGGCAAAGGAGUGUCUUAGCCAGAAACUGACAGAUGAGCAAGGAGAAGCAUCCCAGCCUUUCGAAGGGCUAGAAAAGUUUGCGGAAACCAUUGAAACAGUGCUAAGAAGAGUGAAAGUUACUUUUAUAGACACUGUGUUAAGAAUUGAACAUGUGCCAGAAAAUUCCAAAACUGGAGCUGCGCUUGAGAUCCGAGUAGAGAGAACUGUGUACUGUGAUGAAACUGCCGAUGAGUCCUCAGGAGUCAAUGUGCAUCAGCCCACAGCUUUUGCUCACAAAUUGCUGCAGCUCUCUGGAGUCUCUCUCUUCUGGGAUGAAUUUUCUGCUUCAGCGAAAUCUUCCCCAGUGUGUUCAACUGCACCAGUGGAAACUGAGCCAAAGCUGUCACCUAGCUGGAACCCCAAAAUUGUUUAUGAGCCACACCCACAAUUAACUAGAACUUUACCAGAGAUAGCACCUUCGGAUCCAGUGCAGAUUGGAGGUCUAGUGGGCAGACUGGAAUUGAGUCUCACUUUGAAACAGAAUGAAGUGCUUCCAGGAGCUAAGUUGGAUGUUGAUGGACAGAUAGAUUCCAUUCAUCUAUUCCUGUCACCAAGGCAGGUACAUCUGCUUUUGGAUAUGUUAGCAGCUAUUGCUGGACCAGAAAAUUCUAGCAAAAUUGGGUUAGCUAAUAAAGAUAGGAAAAAUCGACCCAUGCAGCAGGAAGAUGAAUAUCGAAUUCAGAUGGAAUUAAACCGGUAUUAUCUGAGGAAAGAUUCCCUGUCUAUGGGUGUAUCUUCAGAGAAAAGCUUCUAUGAAACAGAAACGGCUCGUACACCUUCUAGCCGUGAAGAAGAAGUUUUCUUCUCCAUGGCCGACAUGGACAUGUCUCACAGUCUGUCUUCUCUUCCACCCCUUGGGGACCCUCCACACAUGGACUUGGAGUUAUCCCUGACUAGUACAUAUACAAACACACCUGCAGGAUCGCCACUAAGUGCUACUGUGUUGCAGCCAACUUGGGGGGAGUUUGCGGACCACAAAGAGCAGCCUGUAAGAGGGCCAGCAUUCUCAUCUGACUUGGUCCACCCGGCGCCUUUACCAAAAGCUGCCCUGCCCUCGAGGUCUGUUUCAGUGGAUGAAUCCAGGCCUGAGUUCAUCUGUAGACUGGCAGUCGGCAUCUUCUCAGUCUCCGUGCUUCACAUCGAUCCUUUGUCUCCAGCGGAAACAUCCCCAAAUGUUAAUCCUUUGACACCCAUGGCGGUCGCGUUCUUCUCUCGAAUAGAAAAGAUGGACCCAACAAGAUUGUCAGCAGAAGAUUUUAAGUCCUUCCGAGCAGUCUUUGCAGAAGCUUGUUCACAUGAUCACCUUAGAUUUCUAGGUACUGGCGUCAAAGUGUCCUAUGAGCAGAGACAAAGGUCAGCGUCCCGCCAUUUUAGCACCGACAUGUCGAUUGAGCAAAUGGAGUUUUUGGAGUGUCUGUUCCCAACAGAUUUUCAUUCUGUCCCUCCCCACUACACAGAGCUUCUAACGUUCCAUUCCAAAGAAGAGACUGAUGCCCACCUCCCCGUGUGUCUUCAGCUUUACUAUAAGCACUCUGAGACUAGAGGACCCCAGGGUAAUCAAGCAAGACUGAGUUCAGUUCCUCAGAAGGCGGAAUUACAAAUUAAAUUAAAUCCAGUGUGUUGUGAACUGGAUAUAAGUAUCGUGGAUAGGUUAAAUUCCUUGCUUCAACCACAAAAACUCACUACAGUAGAGAUGAUGGCCUCGCACAUGUAUGCAUCAUAUAAUAAGCAUAUUAGUUUGCAUAAAGCUUUCACUGAAGUAUUUCUAGAUGACUCUCACAGUCCUGCGAAUCGUCGGGUGUCUGUACAAGUUGCCACCCCAGCGCUGCAUCUUUCUGUUCGCUUUCCCAUUCCUGACCUCCGAUCAGACCAGGAGAGAGGACCCUGGUUUAAGAAGUCACUUCAGAAGGAGACCCUCCACUUAUCAUUCACAGAUCUGGAGUCUCAGACGGAGUUUGUGGGAGGAUCCACGCCAGAACAAACUAAACUGGAACUGACUUUUAGAGAGCUAACUGGGUCAUUCCAGGAGGAGAAGGGAGAGCCAUCCAUCAAGUUUUUCCAUGUGUCUGGUGGAGUUGAUGGAGACACGGCAUCAUCAGAUGACUUUGACUGGCCACGAAUGGUACUGAAAAUAAAUCCACCAGCCAUGCAUUCCAUUUUGGAGAGAAUAGCAGCUGAAGAGGAGGAAGAGAGCGAUGGUCACUAUCAGGAAGAGGAAGAAGGAGGGGCUCAUUCCCUGAAAGAUGUCUGUGACCUGAGGCGACCAGCCCCAUCCCCCUUUUCCUCUCGUAGAGUAAUGUUUGAGAAUGAGCAGAUGGUGAUGCCAGGAGACCCUGUAGAGAUGACAGAGUUUCAGGAUAAAGCCAUCAGCAAUUCUCACUAUGUGCUGGAACUUUUGCUACCAAAUAUUCACAUAACACUGCCCAAUAAAAACUUUUACGAGAAGCUGUAUAACAGGAUCUUCAAUGACUUGCUUCUCUGGGAGCCAACAGCUCCUUCACCAGUGGAGACACUUGAGAAUAUUUCCUAUGGCAUUGGGCUCUCAGUAGCCAGUCAGCUGAUAAACACCUUCAGCAAAGACAGCUUCAGUCCCUUUAAAUCUGCAGUUCACUAUGAUGAAGACAGUGGAUCUGAAGAAGAGACUUUGCAGUAUUUUUCUGCUGUUGAUCCCAACUAUCGUUCCCGUAGGAAAAAAAAGUUGGACUCUCAGAACAAGAACUCUCAGAGUUUCCUCUCAGUCCUUCUGAGUAUCAAUCAUGGAUUAAUGGCAGUGUUCACAGAUGUAAAGCAAGAUAAUGGAGAGCCGAUGGAAAAUAAGCAUGGUGAAUUCUGGUUAGAAUUCAACAGCGGCUCAUUAUUUUGUGUGACAAAAUAUGAAGGUUUCGAUGACAAGCACUACAUCUGCCUACAUUCCAACAGCCUCAGUCUGUACCACAAAGGCAUAGUAGAUGGAGCCAUUCUUGCUACAGAGACACGGUUGCCCAGUUCAACCCGCCCACAUUGGUUGGAACCUACAAUUUAUUCCUCUGAAGAAGAUGGUCUCAGCCGAGCUGCCUCUGACGGCGUUGGAGGAGACAAUUUGAAUAUGCUCUCAGUGGCAGUUAAGAUAGAGUCUGAUAAAUCCGAGUCCAAUACGAAGGAAUUCCUCGUGGCCGUGGGGCUGAAAGGAGCCACUCUACAGCACAGAAUACUGCCGACUGGACUCAGCUGGCACGAGCAGAUUUUAAACUUCUUGAAUAUUGCUGAUGAACCUGUUUUGGGAUAUAACCCUCCAACUUCAUUUACAACUUUUCAUGUUCAUCUUUGGAGCUGUGCACUUGAUUACAGGCCCCUUCACCUGCCAAUCCGAUCCCUUCUUACUGUUGAGACAUUCAGCAUUUCUAGCAGCGUUGCCUUGGAUAAAUCUUCUUCCACUCUCAGAAUCAUCAUGGAUGAAGCUGCUUUACUCCUAUCUGACAAGUGUAACACUGUCACUAUAAACCUAAAUAGAGAUUAUGUUCGUGUGAUGGACAUGGGACUUUUAGAGCUGACCAUAACUGCAGUGAAGUCAGAUUCUGAUGGAGAACAGACUGUGCCUCGCUUUGAGUUGCACUGUUCCAGUGAUGUCGUCCAUAUCAGAACCUGCUCAGACUCCUGCGCUGCGCUAAUGAAUCUCAUUCAGUAUGUCGCAAGUUACGGGGACUUACAUGGGCCUAACAAAGCAGAGAUGAAGCCUGGAGUUCCACAGAGAAAGCCAAAGGUAGAUUCCAGUGUUCGGUCAUCUUCACGUGGUCCAGUGCUUCCUGAAGCUGACCAGCAGAUUUUGCGGGACCUGAUGAGUGACGCCAUGGAGGAGAUUGACGUGCAGCAGGCCUCUGCCCCUGUCGGACCACAGACUAAUGGUGUCCUGGAUGAAAAGUUGCACACUCAGGAGCCUUGCUGUUCAGACCUCUUCUUGUUCCCAGACGAGAGUGGGAAUGUGUCCCAGGAGCCGAGCCCUGCUUAUGCUUCCCUCACUCACCACCUGAUCAGCGACACAAUGGCAGGUGCACCCACGGAGAAUGAUGAUUUUUGCAUUCUUUUUGCACCAAAAGCAGCCAUCCAGGAGAAGGAAGAAGAGCCAGUGGUAAAGGUCAUGGUUGACGACGCGAUUGUGAUAAGAGACGACUAUUUUAGUCUGCCCAUUACAAGGACGGAUGGCAGCAAAGCCCCGCUUAAGUUUCCUGUCCCUGACAUUCGCUAUGUUGUGAAGGAAGUCUCUCUGGUGUGGCAUCUCUAUGGAGGCAAGGACUUCACAACAGUUCCUCCUCCUUCUCCAGCUAAGAGUUACAGUAGUCCCCAUAGCUCACCUUCUCAAACACCUACAAGGCAUGGCCGUCAUACAGUCUAUGGGGGCAAAGGAAGAAACCAUGACUUUUUAAUGGAAAUCCAAUUAAGCAAGGUGAAGUUUCAGCAUGAAGUCUACCCUCCAUGUAAGCCCGAGUGUGAGUCCAGCCUCCUAGAAUACCCGGUCUCCAGGCAGGUGUUCAUCGUUCAGGAUCUUGAAAUUAGAGAUCGGCUGGCGACAUCACAGAUGAAUAAAUUUUUAUACCUGUAUUGCAGCAAAGACAUGCCUCGUAAAGCUCAUUCCAACAUGUUGACAAUUAAAGCAUUGCACGUCCGUCCAGAGUCUGGUAGGUUACCGCAGGAGUGCUGCUUGAGGGUGUCACUGAUGCCUCUUCGCCUCAAUAUCGAUCAGGACGCUUUGUUCUUCCUCAAGGAUUUCUUCACAAGUCUUUCUACAGAAGUGGAGCUUCUGUUAACUCCAGAUCCAGAAGUUACAAAGUCUCCUGGAGCUGAUGUCACCUGCAGUUUGCCAAGGCAUUUGAGUACCUCAAAGGAGCCAAAUCUAGUUGUUUCUUUCCCUGGGCCAAAGCAAUCUUCCCCAAACCAUAGUGCCAAUUCAGUGGAGGGGGCUAAUGGACUGGCGGAGAAGGACUUCUCAGCUGAGGAAGCUUCAUUUAGUGACCAGCCUGUGUUUUUUAGAGAAUUCAGAUUCACGGCAGAAGUUCCUAUUCGGCUUGACUAUCAUGGCAAACAUGUGUCAAUGGAUCAGGGAACACUGGCUGGGAUUUUGAUUGGCCUGGCUCAGUUGAACUGUUCUGAGCUAAAACUGAAGAGGCUCUUCUAUAGGCACGGUUUGCUAGGUAUAGACAAAUUGUUCUCAUAUGCAAUCACCGAAUGGCUCACUGACAUUAAGAAGAACCAGCUACCAGGAAUCCUAGGAGGUGUUGGGCCUAUGCAUUCACUAGUUCAAUUAGUGCAAGGCCUCAAAGACUUGGUGUGGCUGCCAAUCGAGCAGUACCGGAAGGAUGGCCGCAUCGUCAGAGGCUUCCAGAGAGGUGCUGCCUCCUUUGGUACCUCAACUGCAAUGGCUGCUCUAGAGCUCACAAACAGAAUGGUUCAAACCAUACAGGCAGCAGCAGAGACUGCUUAUGACAUGGUGUCUCCAGGUACCCUUUCCAUUGAGCCCAAGAAGGCAAAGAGAUUUCCUCAUCACCGUUUAGCCCACCAGCCAGUGGACCUGAGGGAAGGUGUGGCCAAGGCCUACAGUGUUGUAAAAGAGGGAAUUGCAGACACGGCUCAGACCAUUUAUGAGACGGCAGCUCGAGAACAUGAGAGCAGAGGGGUCACCGGCGCUGUGGGUGAAGUUCUGCGCCAGAUCCCACCGGCAGUGGUCAAGCCUUUAAUUGUAGCCACCGAAGCAACAUCAAAUGUGUUAGGUGGCAUGAGAAACCAAAUUAGACCAGAUGUUCGGCAGGACGAGUCACAGAAAUGGCGCCACGGGGAGGACUGAGGCCUCCAGUGUGACCCACAGCGUGUGCGGAGCUAAGGAGCAGGGUGUCCUAGUGGCCGCUCCAUAGAGGAUUUGUCUAAUUUAUGUGCUCAUCUCAGGAACAAAAGCAGUUUUUAGUUAAAUAAUUUUAUGUCAAAACACACGCAGCCAAAACCUUGUGACAUUUUAGGGCCUGGCACUUGCCUACGGAAGUGGCAGGUGUCUGGUGUCAUGGUCAGUAGAGAUUGCUACCAUGCUAAAUGCUUUGCUUUCAUCAAAGUGGCUGUAACCGUACUUGUUACUGACAAGAUCUCGUUGGGAACAUCUUUGUAAACAGUGUUGAGUGCUAAAGAAAAAUAUUGGAGCACUCCCAAAGCACCAGGGAGCACACCUGUAGUUCUGGGGAGUUGAUUUCUCAACUCAGUUUCAACACUUCUGAUGCUGGUGAGAGAAGCCACAGGGAAAGCAAAGCAGCUAGGGCUCCAGUGUCUGAUAAAGCAGGGCCUCGACUCCCUGAGGGACCAGCUGCUCAGCUCACCUGGAGAAACUGAGUGUCAUAGACGAGAUCUGCUGUGCUGCACUUUAUCCUCUGUGUGCGUGUGUGUGCGCGUGUGGGUGUAUGUGUGUGUGUGUAGUGUAAUGCCAGGUGCACUGUGUUCUGUCAUUUACAAGGUUACAUAGACAUAAAAAGAAGUGAAGAUGUCUCACAGAUUUUGGAAAGGAAGGUAACCCAAAUGUAGUAAGUUUCUGUGUCCAAGUGCAGCUGUGUGUUUGAUGGGCGCUGUAUCCAUUGUCAAGUACACAAUGCAGGCUUUUAGGGGCGUGUGGUAAGGGACACUGGAAGUGGGUUUUAUUCUUAGAAAGUUAAUUUAAAAUGCUCCAAAUAUGUCCUAGUCAGCUAAUUCAAAGUACCAUUUUUACUUGGUUAAUAUUGUACAUUUUGAUAACAUGUCAGGAAUGAAUAAUAAAGUAUUUUUAUUUAAAGGUAA